AUGCACUGGUUUGUUGGUUGGCCUUCAGUCCUUGAGUCAUAUUGUAAUUUGGACGAAAUCUUUGCAGUGUGUGCUUCUGAAGAUGGGGAAACCUUUAUUGUCUGUACCCGUGCGGAUGUUGUUGUUUUUCACCUUAAACUUUUGUGUGCAAUAGCACAUUUUACUCGUUCAGAUUUGUGCUUGAAAGAAAAUGGGUCCACAUCGUCUGCCGUUCUAAAGUGGGAUUCUUCUAAAAUACUUCUAUGUACUGAGAAGGGCAUAGUCCUGAUAUAUGCUGUCGAAAACUUACAAAACGUCUGCGAAUUGUUGAAUUCUGACAGCAGCCCUAACCCGUCCAUUGAAAUAUUCUCCCUAAAACAUACUGUACGUGUUGCUGAAUGUAAAUGCAGUGUGUUCUCUUUGGGUGAGAUUACUGUCGUUGCUUCUGAGAAAGGGGAAUUAGUAAGAAUGCGAUGGGAUGGUUCGCUCUGUGGAGAGUCUAUCAACCUUAGAUCUAUCAAUUUGCCAAGAGAUAUCAAAUGCUGCAGUGACAAAAAUUCGCAACUACAAGUUUAUUGUAAAAGUGUGGAAUGGGCUCCUACGUUUGGUGGCGCCUUCGUUCUUCUUUCUUCUGGUCAUAUAGCUUUGUUUGUAUCAUUUGGUUCUGUCGCAAAUCAAACGGAUAUGGAAGUAAUUUUGAUCGAACACGUCGGUCAGCCAACAUGUAUGGCUGUGAAUAAUCGCUUCCGGACACUAGCUGUUGGAACUGAAAGCAACGAAGUUUUAUUGUACAAGAUGGAUGAAACUUCUGGUGCUGUUCAAAUUCGACACACUCUUCGUAUAUCCGGUCGGGAAUCAUCUUAUGCUACUGAAAAGGUAGGGCGCGUCUCUGAAAUUGUGUGGUCACCGGAUGGAUAUACUUUGGCUGUUGCUUGGUUACGUUCGGGCUGGUCGUUGUGGUCAGUUUUUGGUGCGUUAUUAUACACAAGCUUGAGUGAGCAUCUUAGUAAAUUUAGUGAAAUAAAUAUUUCAAAUCUGUCCUGGGCUCAUCAUGGCUACAAUAUACUCGCUUUGUUCACCGUAAACAGCUUGACGGAAAUUCACAGGGUUACAAACACUGACUCCACUGUUUCAGAAGAAGUCUCUAUCAAAGACACCACAGAAAUAGAUAAGUCACAAUUUUUCCCCAACGCAUUGGAUCUUUCUUCACAAAAGUCUUCAUACCUCGUUGCCUUUCAUUUGGCUAGGUCUUCAAUAACAACUAAUCCAACAUCGGAUAAUCAUUUUCAUAUUGUUCUUCAAACUGCUGACCGAAUUAUUUUGGCAAACAGGGAUCAACUGACUUACAAAAUGCAAACCGAGAAUAUAAUAGUCCCAAAACAAUAUAUCAACUCCAAUUGGCCAGUUCGAUAUGUUGCUGUUUCUGUCGAUGGUAAAAAAUUAGCAGUUUCCGGUCGCAAUGGAUUUAUUCACUAUAACACUGUUUCACAACGUUGGCAUGUUUUCGGCAAUAUAAAGCAGGAAAACUCGUUACAUGUUUUUGGUGGUAUGGCUUGGUGGAAACAGUAUAUUUGUCUCACCUGUUUAACAGAAAAUUAUGGUACAAGCGAGGUUCGUGUCUACUCCUCGGAGCAUAAACUUGACAACCAAUUUAGCUCUGUCUCUAACCUUCCACCCUUCACGUUACCCGUCAUUGUAGACAAUUUUGGAAAUCUUUUCCUUGUACUUACCAACGACGGAUGUUUGCAAAUCUUUGGCUUAUCAGAGUCUCUGUCCAGUAAAAGUACUGUCAUCAUAUCUGCUUUCAAGGCUGUGAAUCUAACAAAUAUUGUCGUAUUUCCAGCAUGUGUUGUUCGGAUUUGUCUUACAACUCUCAAAAGUAAUGCAUCUUUUACCCGUACAACCACCUCUUCAGAAUAUAGUUCAUUUUGUAAUUUCGACCCAGCUUUAUAUUCGGUUGAGAGCUUAGUUAUGAAUUAUUCUGGUGAUGUGCUUAUGUUACAACGUUCAUAUUCAGACGUCACUCAGAAAAGCCAUUCUGGAACGUCCGUAGAAAUUAACCAACAGGUUAUUUCCGAUCAGUUACUAUCAUUUGGAAAACCUUUAUUAGUUGCUUCUGAAAUAGAAAUUUUAUGGUCUACAAGUUGUCCCACACCAAUCACUCCUCAAGUUGAUAAUGACCGUUCAACACCACUAAGUGGGAUUGAUACAAAUGCUUAUACAAAAGACUCCUUAUGGCUUUAUUCUGGAGCAACCGGACUUAGUGUUUGGCUUCCACUACCACGGGUUCCGUCUUCUCUUGCAGUUAGUUUUUAUCAUGAAUCUAUGAGGUCGGAUACCAACUACAAAUUCAGUAUGGAUCACGAUGGUUCACCAGUUCCAAGCUGUGAUUACCGAAGAAUAAUGCUGUCAUUUGAGUUAGGUGGCGAGUUUUACCCCCUUAGUAUUUGCUUUCACGAAGGCUUGCUAGUCGGUAUUUUCAAUGAAUUUCAUCGUUGCUGGAACAAGUCAAAAGUUCGUGGGAAAGAAAAUAUGUCUUCCGAUGUAUUCGCGCUAUAUCCUUAUGGGACUUUAUUAAUUAAGAUUCAGGUAGCACUACAUCAUAUUAUUCGGCAGCUAUUAAAAAAGAAUUUGGGAAUACAUGCGUUUCAAUUGAGCUUGGCGUAUCAACAUUUGCCGUACUUUCCUCGUAUUUUGGAACUGUUGUUACAUGAAGUCUUAGAGGUUGAAGCUGCUUCCAAAACUCCAACUCCAGAUCCAUUAUUACCCCAGGUGGUAGCAUUUAUUCAAGAAUUCUCCGACUUCUUGGAGAUUUUGGCACAUUGUUCUCGUAAGACUGAUGUCACUUGGUGGCCUCAUUUAUUCAUGACCAUCGGGCGAAAACCAAAGGACCUUUUUGAACUAUGUUUGGAGAAUAACAAACUGGAAACUGCAGCUUCUUAUCUUAUCAUUCUUCAAACAUCGGAACCUCUUUCUGUCAGUUGGGAGUGCGCACUAACUUUGUUCCGAGCAGCGAUUCAAUCUCGGAAGUGGAAUCUCAUCCGUGAUCUAUUACGCUUUCUGUGUGCUAUUGAUCCCACUGAAUAUUAUUCAGGUAAUGAACAUAGAGUAAGACAAGACUUUGAAAAAUCCCAAAUUAUGUUCUUCAACUCAUGUAGUCAUUUAAACAACUUACCGAAUCCUGAUAAUGAUCAUAUGCGGUCAGAAACCAGUCCUGAGAAAUCUAUCAACAAGAUCAUCUGGUAUUGUGGAAUGUCAAAAUAUCGACCUACAAGAGUUUCUGUCAAAUUUCUGGACUUUACAGAUAACCGAAUUAAAGAAUUGACUGAUAACAUCAAGAUAUCGUCUGAUUCAUCAGUUGGUGAUGUUCAAAAACCAUCUUCCACUCUUCGAACUCAGCUUGCAGAACUCUUGUCUAAGGUGGCUGUUGAUUAUUUUUCUCAAGGUUAUCUUAAACGUGCAUCUCAGUUGGUCACAAAUAUUCCUGAGAUUUUUAACGAUGAUUAUUGUUCUGGUCACUCAAACGUUUUGCAGAUGUGGUUAAAUAAAAAUUUGCAUGAUAUCCAACCUAUACCUAACUGGCGCCAAGUUUUCAUAAAUUUAUUAGAAGAAUUCAAUUUUAUGGCUGAUUCUAAUUCUAGUGAAGGAAUAUACAGUUACUCGACUUCUCUGGAUGAACCUUUGCUAAAUUCGUCUAACUUCAUGCAGACUAAUAAUACUACCUUUUCAGCAUCUUCCCCUAACUUUGACUCUCUGUCGAUUUUUGACAAAGAGACUUUCUGUCAAUUGCGAUAUUUGUUGGACCAGGUAACCUUAGCUCACUCAAAAGAAUGGACCUGUCUUAUUAGUUUGCUUUGUCUGGAUAAAGAUGCCUUCUUACGUUCACUUAGUAUGGCUGUCAACUGGACAAUGUUCUCAGAUUACCCUGAAAUGCAACAGGAUGUAACUGUUACUAGCUUUUGCUUAAAAAAGCUGAUAUCCGGUCUGUCAGAAAUAAAACAGUUGUCAUAUGAAACUUUCCCUCAGUACUAUCACUUUUUGAAGUCUUGUGAACCCUACAUACAAGAAGUUUUGGGAAACAUGUUCCAAACCCCUGAUGAGGAAAAUAUUGUAUCAGUGAUUUCAGCACCUUUCAGUGCUGCAUUAGUUGAAGAUAACAUAAUAAAUGAGAAACAUAAAAUUCAAAAAUUGGAAGUAAAUAGUUCAGUUGUCUCAUCAAUAAGUGAUAAAUACGAAUUUUCGAAAGAAUGGCAGCAAUUAAAGUUAAAACAAGACUGUCAUACCACACCUACAGUUGCGAAAAUAAGUCCUAGACUUUUGGAUGAAAAAACUGUUUUUCUUAGUAAAAACCCUGUUAACUGUUCACUAAUUUUGGAUUCACACCACGCAUCUCUGGAUAAUUCUAGUUGUUCUACACCAAUUAUUCUUACUAACGAAACUGCCUUCACCAAACAUUGGAAAUCUAGUUACCCUGAUCGCUGGAAACCUGUAAAUGAGUCCUGUCUACAAGAGCGUCUUGUUGUUCUUAAUCUGAAUGAAGCAGAUCUCGGUAGUGGGGAUGAAUAUUUAUUUGAUGGAACAGCUGAAAAUUUGGUGGUUGGGUCAUUAAGUUCUGAACAAUGGACUUGUUCUAUCAUGUAG